GGAUGGAAUUGAUGAAUUCCCAGGCUUUGGUGUUGCAUAUAUAUUGCUAAAUUGCCAGUAAGUUUCACUUCUGAUGGGAAGAAUCGUGGCACGGACGGGUAGGCGGGCGGCAUCAGUGAACCGGUUCUCUGAUCAGUGAUGAUCAGCCUCGAAAGAGAUGUCCCUCCGGUUUACAGGUUCAACCCGGGCGCUCCACUUGUCGACCAUGGCGACACUCACCCUUGUUACUUUGCUGUACCUUUGUCUUGCUGGCGUCGGUGUGUAUCUGAUGAAACAGGUAUUCGCCAAGAAGAAUCAUGCACCAUAUCCCCCUGGUCCUCGGGGCUUGCCUCUCGUUGGGAACAUUCAAGACAUACCUCAUGUCAAGCCCUGGCUCACCUUCGCGGAAUGGGGAAAGAAAUAUGGUGAUAUUUCGCAUAUCAAUGUUCUAGGUUUACACAUAUUCGUGUUGAACUCCGUCAAAACUGCGGGGGAAAUGCUAGACAAGAAGAGCUCUAUAUACUCUGACCGUCCGGCCGUUCCUAUGAGUGGCGAACUUAUGGGCUAUGGACAGACACUGCCUUAUCUCCGUUACGGUGAACGGUUUCGCUUGUUCCGCAAGAAUUUCCACCGCAUCAUUGGCAGCCGCGCUGCCUUGGUUGUCUACCACCCAAUCGAGGAGAUGGAGACCCGCCGAUUCCUGAAGCGUGUACUCGCAAAACCAGACCGAUUGCAAGCACACAUUCGACAGUAUGUGUUUCGUAGUACUAUUGGCUUGAUCUUGAAUUUUUAUAGCACCGCUGGCGCUAUCAUUCUGCGCAUCUGUUAUGGUUAUGAAGUCAAGGAGGAUAAUGAUCCUCUCGUUGACAUUGCAGAACGCGCUUUAGAUCAAUUCUCGCGGUACGGCAUCACUGGUGAUUUUAUUGUUGACUUCCUGCCGUCCUUGGCCAAGCUCCCGGAGUGGUUCCCUGGUGCUGGCUUCAAACGCCUAGCCCGCGAGUGCCGUGAGACCCUCGAAGAGAUGGCUGCUGCACCCUACAAGUUUGUCAAAGAUCAGAUGGCUGCUGGCACCGCCCUCAAGUCUUUUUCCUCGGAUCUGUUAAAGGACCGUACUGUAACCGCGGAAGAGGAUCACGUUGUGAAGUGGUGUGCUGCAUCUCUAUUCAGCGGUGUUGAUCACUGCAUCACCGAGGACGACAUUCACGAUGGGUAUUACAUUCCAAAAGGCUCCUUGAUAAUCCCUAACAUGUGGUCAGUACUUUCUUUGUUGUGUAUCUGGUAUAUCAACACUCUGAACUGUGACAGGUUCAUGCUCAAUGAUCCACAGACAUAUGCCAACCCAUCGGAAUUCAAUCCUGAACGCUUUUUGGCCAAGGAUGGAAAAGAGCCUGAGACCGAUCCUCGCACGGUGUGCUUCGGUUUUGGUAGACGGCUCUGCCCAGGUCUGCAUCUCGCUGAUGCAUCCAUCUGGAUAUCCACCGCGAUGUCACUUGCGGUGUUUGAUGUCUCCAAGGUUGUCGAGAAUGGUGUUGAAAUAACCCCUGAAAUUGACCCGUCAUCUGGGUUGAUCAGCCACCCCAAGCCCUUUAAGUGCUCGAUCGAAGCUCGCUCUGACAAAGCCUUCGCGCUCAUUCAACAAGAUACUCACUAAAUAUUGCUAACCAGCGGUUGUCCCGCCCUGUUAAAGAUAAUGUGAGGUCACUAAAUACACCAGGAGACAAAAAGGUUGAUAUCGUCGCGUACUCUCGUAGUCAAUAUUUAGGUCCUUGUGUACAGGAUACUCGAGAUUAAGAUUAAGUAGUAGAUGUACAGUGGAAGCAAUUCUUGAGCAACAAUGUGAAUUGUCGUUUCAGUGACUACUGACCAGUCAGCAAUGUG